CGCGGUGUCAUGGUGCUGCCCCUGGACUGAGGGGAGCAAAACUCUCAAGUUGGGCUCCCGAGCCCCAACCUUAGCGCCACGGCCGCCGCCGAGCUGUCCCUGGCAGCGGCGCGAGCGGGCGGAUCCCGGCAGCCGCGCGGCGGCGGCGGCGGUGGCAGCAGGGAAGGCGGGCGGCGGCCUAGAGCGAAGGCGGCGGUGGCUCGGGAACUGGAGCUGGAGCCGCAGCCAGAGCCCGAGCCAGGUCCAGAGUGGGAGACAUCUCUCAGCGGACGCAGGCGAGAGCCGAGCGCCCUUGGGCUCGCAGAAGACAUGGCCAGCAGCCGAGAAUGCUCUGGGUGAAAGCCCGGCCUCUGUGGUUCUUAAUGCCUCAGCAGGAUUAUUUUCACUAAAGAUGGAAACACUGGAGUCUGAAUUGACCUGUCCAAUCUGCCUAGAGUUGUUUGAAGACCCCCUUCUGCUCCCUUGUGCUCAUAGCCUCUGCUUCAGUUGUGCCCAUCGCAUUUUGGUCUCCAGCUGCAGCUCUGGUGAAUCCAUUGAACCCAUUACUGCUUUCCAGUGUCCUACCUGCAGGUAUGUUAUCUCGCUGAACCACCGGGGUCUGGAUGGCCUCAAGAGGAAUGUGACUCUGCAGAACAUUAUUGACCGCUUCCAGAAGGCUUCCGUCAGUGGCCCCAAUUCCCCAAGUGAGAGCCGCCGGGAGAGGACUUACAGGCCCAGCACCGCCAUGUCUAGUGAGCGAAUUGCUUGCCAAUUUUGUGAGCAGGACCCACCGCGGGAUGCAGUGAAAACAUGCAUCACUUGUGAGGUUUCCUACUGUGACCGUUGCCUGCGGGCCACACACCCCAACAAGAAGCCUUUCACCAGCCACCGCCUGGUGGAACCAAUGCCAGAUACACACCUUCGAGGAAUCACCUGCCUGGACCAUGAGAAUGAGAAAGUGAACAUGUACUGUGUAUCAGAUGACCAAUUGAUCUGUGCCUUAUGCAAACUGGUGGGGCGUCACCGGGACCAUCAGGUCGCUUCCUUGAAUGAUCGAUUUGAGAAACUCAAGCAAACUCUGGAGAUGAACCUUACCAACCUGGUUAAGCGCAACAGUGAACUAGAAAAUCAGAUGGCCAAACUAAUACAGAUCUGCCAGCAGGUGGAGGUGAAUACUGCUAUGCAUGAGGCAAAACUUAUGGAAGAAUGUGACGAGUUGGUAGAAAUCAUCCAGCAGAGGAAGCAAAUGAUUGCUGUCAAAAUCAAAGAGACAAAGGUUAUGAAACUGAGAAAGUUGGCACAGCAGGUUGCUAAUUGCCGCCAGUGUCUUGAACGGUCAGCAGUCCUCAUCAACCAAGCUGAGCACAUACUGAAAGAAAAUGACCAGGCACGCUUUCUCCAGUCUGCAAGAAAUAUUGCUGAGAGGGUCGCUAUGGCAACUGCAUCUUCUCAAGUACUGAUCCCGGACAUCAAUUUUAAUGAUGCCUUUGAGAACUUUGCUUUAGACUUUUCCAGAGAAAAGAAAUUACUGGAGGGGCUAGAUUAUUUGACAGCCCCAAACCCGCCAUCUAUCCGAGAGGAGCUCUGUACUGCCUCCCAUGACACCAUUACAGUCCACUGGAUCUCAGAUGAUGAAUUCAGCAUCAGCUCCUAUGAGCUUCAGUACACCAUAUUCACUGGCCAGGCUAACUUCAUCAGUAAGUCAUGGUGUAGUUGGGGCCUGUGGCCAGAGAUAAGGAAAUGUAAGGAAGCAGUAAGCUGCUCAAGAUUGGCCGGGGCGCCACGAGGCCUGUAUAAUUCUGUGGAUAGCUGGAUGAUUGUGCCCAACAUUAAACAAAACCAUUACACGGUGCAUGGACUCCAGAGUGGGACGCGCUACAUCUUCAUUGUUAAAGCCAUAAACCAAGCAGGCAGCCGGAACAGUGAACCUACUCGACUGAAAACAAACAGCCAACCCUUUAAACUAGAUCCCAAAAUGACUCACAAGAAGUUGAAGAUCUCUAAUGAUGGAUUGCAGAUGGAGAAGGAUGAGAGUUCUCUGAAAAAGAGUCAUACCCCAGAGAGGUUUAGUGGCACAGGCUGCUAUGGGGCAGCAGGAAAUAUAUUCAUUGACAGUGGCUGCCAUUACUGGGAGGUAGUCAUGGGCUCCUCAACAUGGUAUGCAGUUGGUAUCGCCUAUAAAUCAGCUCCCAAGAAUGAAUGGAUUGGCAAGAAUGCUUCCUCAUGGGUGUUCUCUAGAUGCAAUAGUAACUUUGUAGUGAGACAUAACAACAAGGAAAUGCUGGUCGAUGUGCCCCCACAGUUGAAACGUCUGGGUGUCCUUCUGGAUUAUGACAACAACAUGCUGUCUUUCUAUGACCCUGCUAACUCUCUCCAUCUUCAUACUUUCGAUGUGACCUUUAUUCUGCCAGUUUGUCCAACAUUCACAAUCUGGAACAAAUCCCUAAUGAUUCUGUCUGGCUUGCCUGCUCCAGAUUUUAUUGAUUACCCUGAACGGCAGGAAUGCAAUUGCAGGCCUCAAGAAUCCCCUUAUGUUUCUGGGAUGAAAGCUUGUCAUUAGGUUUCAAGAGAGCAUAUAAUUCACUGGCUCUCCAGUUCAGCAGGUUCUUCCCCUAAACCUCAGUUAGUGUUCAAUAUACAAGAUAUAAAAUAAAGUUUAUUUGAAGCAUCCAAAAUAAUUAGAUAUUAUAGAUUUAAUUUCUGUGCAUUAAAGCUUGUAUUUGAAUUAAUAUAUUGAUUUUCUCAGAAUAAAUUAUCUGAGUUGCCUGAGUGCAAGCUAUGGAAGAAAAAAGACUUCCUCUUGUCAUUGAAGAAUUUAAAAUAUCCAGUGAUUUAGGAGUAUACACAGUAUUGGAAGGAGCUAGGGUAAUUCUGAGUAAAUAAUCUAGAAAGAUGCUCUGAAUGAGGUGGAAAGUGAGGGUGAGUGGGGACAUCAGCCUUUCUAGUAGUGAUUACUUUAGCCAAGAAGAAUUUUAAAGUAUCAAAUGACCACAUAUUAUAUAUAGCUUUUGAUUAAAAAAAACUACCAGUAGGGAUUUAUUGUAAAGAAAACAUGUAUGUGUAUAUAAUACACAUAUAAAAUGAAUAAAUAAUAUAUGUUAUAUAUUCAUUUUAUUAUUAUAUAUGCAUUGUAAUAAACUUUAAAAUUUGCUUAUUUGAGUGAGAAACAUACUUAAAGGCAACAUAAAUUAUAUUAUAGUACACAUUUUUGUUCCAUAAAGGGAACACCAAAAUCAGUCAACAUUUCUCCCUUUCUCCAUUUAACCUUCCUUCCGUCUGCCCCCCCACACACACAUACAUACAUGCAAUUACAGUAAUAAUGUAGGUGGUGGGAAGAAGUCUAGGCUAGAUAAGGAGAGAUUGGGAGGAAGACUCCACAGAAGAUGCUGCUACAUAGAAAAACUGAUCCAGGUAAAAGUACAUCAUGGAAAUUCUUCUCAAUUGCUAAAUAUUCUUAUCAUAAAACAUUUCUAAGAAGUGCACUCAUUACUCUAGUACAGUUACUAGAAUUAGGCUCAAAAAGAGAGAUUCCUUAGACGCCUGCUUUAUUUAUUCAGUCAGUAAUAAAGGAUGGAGUGUUACAGACCCAACAACUAUUAGCAUUUAAAUAUAUUUGUAUUUUCUGACAAGAUAUUUCUGAACUGUUUACUAAUGACUGAGAACAGCUUAUUUUCUUUAACAGGUUAUAUAAUCAUUCCUCUUGCAACCUCAUUUACAGUAUUCAUCUGCCUUGCCAACCCUUCAUGACAAAUGCAGAUAAAAAGGAUAUUCCCAGUCCUCAUAGCUAGAGUUGAAGGGCAUUACACUUUAUGGUCUGUGCUUUUUAUUAGUUCCACUACAGGGGUUGGGGGUGUCUGAACCACAGCUUUCUUUUUUUCUGAUAACUAAAUGUUUCAAGGAGUCUACCUGGGAGUUGUAAAAAUAUUACUGUUUUGCAGAAUGUUAGCUGUAGUAAACGGCCAGAUCGGAGUCUUGAAACAAUACCAAAGCUUGUCUGUGCUUCCUCAUCCACUUUGGUGGAUGUCCAUUUAUUAAUUCAUUUAACAAACUGUUGGAUUCCAGGUGCCAUACUGUUGCUGAAAUAUUGUUAAACACAGUCCCUGCUGUCAAAUGGCUUAUUACUAUUUUCCAGGGGGGAGAUGAGCUGAUAAAUCCCCAGAAGUAACUUUUAUUGUUUGUUUGGUAGACAUGGAAAAAAGACUGAUGCAGAUACAGGUGGCUGGCUCAAACGUUCUUAUCUAGUGACAGUCAGUUUUUAGGUUUAAACAAAUCAGAUGCACUUACUGCUGAACAGCCAAUGAGGAAUUUGCAAGCCCAGUAAGGUUCAACGGUACUGGGAAAGAGUUUGCUGUACUAGGAAAUCUUUGAACUGAAAUAGUUUCUCUACAACUAGUGUUGUAACCAAGGGCAAGUACUUCAUUUCCCCAAGCCUCUGUUUUCUCUCCUGUAAAAAUACCUACCUCACAAGGCUAGCGUUAAGAUUUCGAAAAGAUAGCACAUGUAAACUGCCUAGCACAGUGCCUGGUAUUUAAUAAGUGUAACUAUUAUAAAUAUUAUUCUCCUUUACCUGACCCGAAUCCUAGACUUAAUACUACAAGAUGUAUGCCCUUCAUUUCUAAAUUCUUCUGGUUUGUUCUAGAGCUUAACCUCCAGUUUUUUUUUUUUUUAAGCAAAGCAAAGGAUUUUCUCCCUUUAUAUGGGAUAAAUAAAUAAAUAAAUAAAUAAAAAACCUUCUGCUUUCCCAGCUGUUGUUUUGUUCUCCCAGCCCCAUACACACUUGUUACUUUGGCCAGACUAAACUACCCAACUUGUUCUCUUGUCCUGAAAACCGCAACAUUAUAAACAGUGCUGCUGCACAGAGUAAACAGUAGGAAUGUUCUCAAAGUAAUGAAAUAGUUUGCAAAUGCUAUAAAGUGCAAAACACUUUAGUUCUCUCCCAGCCCAAUUUAUUUUGUCUUUAAGUCUCCCACACCAAUUGCUUUGAACCCUUUAGGUUUUAGUGCCCUGAGACAAUUUCCCCACCUUGCAUUUGAUGUUACUUUGGAGUUCCUUUCCCACCUCUGUCUUUCUCAGCCAGACUACCUACUGACUGACACCCAAACUCACCUCUCCCCCCACCCCACUGGGUUAUGUUCUCUGCCAAACAUCCUGAAGAUCUCAAGCCCCAACAAUAAUCACAAUUUAUAGCAGUGUUUUUGCUACAUGAGUGUGCUCCUCGGAUAACCUGUGUUAAAAUUUACCUUUAGGGUUUGUGCAGAGAACUGAUUCUUAGACCAUACCCCCCACCCCAUCUACUUAAGAAUAUCAGGUCAAGAGGUGGUGGUGCCACUUCACAUUUCUAAUGAGCUCACCAAUAAUUCUAAUGCACACAAAAGCCUGACUUACAAAAUAUCACUUCCCCUACUAGACUGUGAACGUCUUGAGGGCAGGGGCUGUGUCUUUUGUUUUUGUAUUUUUAACACCUGUCAUAGUGAGUGGAGCUGCAUAGUUAUCUGGUUAAUGUUAAGUGAAUGGAUGUAUAAAUGAACAAGUAAGUAAUCAAAUUUCCCUCAUGUACUCCGAUAUCCAUACUGGUGUUUGUUGCUAAUAUUUACUGGGCAGAAAAGCUUGAUUAAUUUCCCCAUUUAGGCUCUGUUAAUAUUAUUUUGCAGAUGUUCCAAGGAUCAUACAUGUAAAUAAGCACUGUCCUCAAAAGCCAUUUGUUAGUUAUCUUAUGGAAUUGUCUGGAGCAUAUGACAUCAUUCUUUUAUUCUUUGAACAUAGAUUUAAAUUUUGGUUACAACCAAAAAUCACUCAGUGUUAAUUCUACUAAACUGGGUUUGAAGUAAGCAAUGAAGUUUCUCAGCAGAAAAUAUGGAAGUUCUUUCCAAGAAAUACCGUAAUGGCAUAGUAUUCAGUGGAAACUUUCAAAGAAUGUUAGCAGUGUCAGAGACCUUAAGAGAAGUCAUUGACUACCUCUAGCUAAACUCAGUUGGACAAAGGGAAUAAGACCUAUAUUUAACAUCACUAAGGAAGGUGAUUCCAUAAGUCUUUGUUGGUCUGUUCAGUAUAUUUUACAAUCCUUUCUGCUAGAAAAAAAAAAUUGCUUGCAGUUUAUGCUUGUUUCCGCUUUUUAUAUUGUCUUAUUGAAGAAAGCACAAAAUAAUAGAAACAAAGUUUAACCUGUUUUGAGAAUAUGGAAGGAAUUUUAAUGCUACAUUGGAGUUCUGGCUCCUUAUAUUGAAUACAUAAGGAUAACUGCAUCUGGAUGUGUUUUUACCAUAUUAUCUCAUUGUGUAACUUUGAAUGCAAGCAAAAUUCAGAUUGCAGCAAAAUCACAUGUUCUUUUCAGUUAAAAUACACUAGGUGAAUUUUCUAAGCUUCCAUAGUUUACAUAUUUAUAUAUGACUACCUGGAUGGAACAAUGAACCUUUUGAUAAAGUGAAAUAUUUGAUACCAUUUCCUCCACAGAAUGGAGAAUGUGAGGCUGAUGGAUAAGAACCACUUCCAUGGUGAUUUCAGUUCUGAAGCCAUUUUCAGCCUGAGACACUGGGCAAUAUUUGGCUAUACAAGUUGGUCAGGUUGACUGCCAUGAGUUCACGCAAAACUGCCUUUUACGGUUUGAUCUGCCGGCUUUAGACAUAUGCUGUGUUGUUAUUGGCUAGAAUAUUUAUUAGACUAUUGUUGAACUAUUUUUUAUUAAAUGCUUUACCCCAGGCUUGUUUGUACUGGGAACUCUGAACCAAGAGUGUCUCUCCUAGUGACAUAAAUCUGAGCAUCUGUGGGUUUCACAGCCUCAUCCCACUAAAAAUAUCCCACCCCAUCCAAAAUGCUAUAUUAUGAAAUAAAUAAAUAUAUAUGUAUUCAUGAA